AUGGACGUCGACGCGACGUCGACGACACCGGAGACGACGGCGCGCGAGACGAACACGCCCCCGAGCGCGCUCGCCGUGCUCGCGAGGUGCGCGAAAGACGUGGAGAAAUCGGUGGAGGCGAAGGGCGAGGCGCGGUUCGUGAACAGGGCGCUGAGAGAGACGGCGACGGUGCGACGGGAGUUUACGGGUGAGAACGUGCGGGCUUUCGUGCGGGCGGUGCUUCCGGAGGAGAGCGCGGCGCGCGAGGCGCUGAGCGCUCGGUGCGGCGCGACGGGCGCGAAGACGACGUCCAAGGGUACGGAUACGAGCGAUGGCGACGCGAUCGAUGCGAGUGAAAUCGCGCCGUGCGCGUUCCCGGAGAUGGAGGUGUACGCGUACCUGGUGGUUUUGAUGUAUUUGAUUGAUCAAAAGCGCGGGACGGAUGCGUUGGAGUGCGCGCGAGAGGCGGUUGAUAGAAUCAGGCAGUUCAAUCGCCGAACGAUGGACGUGUUGGCGGCGAGGGUGUACUUUUACUACUCCCUCACGCACGAGCGAUUUGGCGCGCUGGAGGACGCCCGGACCACGCUCUUGGCGCUAUACAGGAACGCCGCGCUGCGCUUGGAUGAGAUCGGUCAGGAAACCUUGGUCAACCUGUUGCUUCGCAACUACUUACACUACAAGCUGUACGAUCAGGCGGAGAAGCUUCGCUCGCGCGUGACGCUGCCGCAAUCGCGAAGCAUUCAGCAGCAGUGCCGGUACGCGUACUACCUCGGUCGUAUUCGUGCCGUUCAGUUGGAGUACAGCGAGGCGAAGGAGUACCUCACGCAGGCGUACCAAAAGGCGCCGACUUCGGCAAAGGGGUUCCGCUUGGAGUGCCUGAAGUGGAUCACGAUCGUGCGCAUGCUCCUCGGCGAGAUUCCGCAGCGAAAGGAAUUGACGCAGCCGGAGAUGUGCGCGGCACUCACGCCGUACUUUGAGCUCGUUCAGGCUGUUCGAUUGGGGGAUUUGACGGCGUUUCAGAGCGCGACGGAGACGCACGGGAAGACGUUCCACGAGGACAAGUUGAAUCAUUUGAUCACGCGGUUGCGCGCCAACGUCAUUCGCACCGGUUUGACGCGCAUCAAUACCGCGUAUUCGAAGAUCUCUCUCGCGGAUGUCGCGGAAAAGCUCGGUCUGACGAGCGUCGAGGACGCGGAAUCCGUCGUGGCCAAGGCGAUUCGAGACGGCAACGUAGACGCCGUGAUCGAUCACGCGGCCAAGGUCAUGUACAGCAAGGAGACGACGGACGUGUACAGCACGACGGAACCGCAAGACGCGUUCCACGUGCGCAUCGCGUUUUGCAUGGACACGCAUAACGAAGCCGUCAAGGCGAUGCGUUACCCGCCCAAGGAUGCGAAGAAGAAAACCCCCGACGCCCCCGGCGCGCGCGACGUCGAAAACGACGCCUCGGGAUUGGACGCCCUCAUGGACGACGACGACUUUGAUUUCUUCUAG